AUGCUCCCGAAGCUUGACGUGCAUGGUGGCAGAGGGCUCCCACAGGAGCCGCCCAAAGUCUCGAGUAGCGAGAACGUGCUGGCGCUUCCACGCCUGCGUCUGCUUCGCCAGGUGGGCAGCCAAGAUGGCCCCCCGCGAGGGACGCUUUUCCACAGUCCGAGACAUGGCAGUCAAGCGUCUCGGAGCCCUUUGCACUCCGAAGAGGCACGAUCGCCGUCUCCUGUGCGAGCUCAGCACGAGGAAUCACUGACCUACGUGCCUCAUCAAGAUGCGCAGCAGCGCGUUCGACAGCACAUGAGGCAAAAGCGGAGGAAGGCCAAGGAAGAGGAAGAGAUCCGCGCAAUGGAAGAGAAGGAGCGAGUGGAGCGAGUUCAGCAGACGUUGCCUCAAGUGGAGGCAUACCGCCGUGAGCUGGCCCGCAAGGCCGCCGAACUGCAUAGGCGGGAGAAGGCCGAGAAGGAGACAGCUGCUCUGGAGCAGGAGCAAUUGGCCUCCGCACGUCGGGAACGGGUGAACAGGUACAUGACACCUGAUGUCAUCUACGAGCAUCUUCACACGUCAGACAGCAACGGCCCGACGCCAGCUUUGCAGGAGCGCAAGCGUCCUGUGGGCUCAUCCAUACGCCGUGCCCCGAGAAACGAAAGCGCUGAAAGCAACGACGUGGUCGUGUGUGGCAGCUUUGCGACGGGAAGUGUGCGCGCCAGGCACAAAGUCAUGCUGUCGCCUAGACGGCAAGACACAAGGCAUGCGCCCACAAACAAGAGUCUGAACUCAGUGGGUGAUGUGGCUGCUGCCGCUGUUGCUAUGCAACGUGCUGAAGGACAGCAAGGACAGGAUGCAGCUGACGAGUGCGGGCAAAAGCCUGAGGCCGUGGCCAGUGAAGGUCCGGACAGACAAGAUGCCCCUGCCUCUGGAAUACUGGGCUCACUGCCACCAACGGAGACGCUGGUCCUGGCACAGCAGGAAAAUCCAGAAGCAGAAAAGACAGCAGCUCGUGAGCAAGCCGGAGACGCAAAAACAAAGCUUGAAGCCGAGGCAGGCGAAGCCUCCCACACAGCAGCAACAGAAAAGACAGGUAGUGAGGGCCAGGACUGCCUGGAGGGCCCAGAGGGACAGGCCAAGAAGGAAGGACCUGAGGGCCCCAGUGUCAUCCUGCAGGCAAGCCCAGAUGAGCCACCAGACAGUCGAAAAGAAGCCACUGCUGAUUCCGCUGAGGCGCCUGCCUCCCUGCCCCCAGUGCAGACACUGGUUCCGAUUCAAGAUGAGCAAGCAGCACCAGAAGCAGAAAACCCAGCAGCACACACACAAGGCGAAGAGACGCAGGAGCCAGCUCUUCCACAAGCAGAGACCAGUGAAGCCAAAGACGACGAGCAAAAGCAGAUCGAAGGUACGGCAGCGGCAGCGGAAGAGAGCAAAGAAGCAGCAGCUGAGGCCACCGUCAAGCCUGAGGCAGAGGUUUCCGCGAGCCCUGCAGCGGAAGGCGCUGCAACCACGGAUGACCCAAGGCCUGAUGCUCCUGAAGGUGGACCCUCACCAUCCUCCUGA